CUAAAUUGAUAAUUAAGAAAGAAAAUUAUGUUGAAUAAUCUAUUGUUUAACUAAUAAUGAUCUUUCUUUUAAAAUACAAACAUCCAUUAAGUGGUAAUGAUUUCAAGUCAACUGUAAAUUAACAUCCUAUGUAAUUUCAACAACACAAUUAUCAUCGUGUGAACUAUAACUCUUGGAAAUUUCGAAUGUAUACAGAUCUGUAUACUAGAUCUGUAUUAAGUAAAACUUUAUUAAUCUUAAUAUGGUUGCAUGAACAAAAUCAAAUUGUAUUUGGUUUUAAUGGAUAUAUAAAUUAUGAUAUAUUUGGAAUUAAAAAUGAUGAAAUUAUCAAAUCAUCUAUGAUAUGUGUAAAUCAAAAUGUUUAUAAUUGUAAAAGAAAUUCUAAUUUAAAAUUCAAUGAUUCUGUAUUAUUUCAAAAUAAUAAAUCGAAUCAUAAUUGUGAUUUAUUUAGUGUGGAUAUAAAUCAGGAUUUAUUGAAUGGAGUAAAAGAAUGUAUCAACAGUCAAAAUUCAAUUUUUGUUGAAAGUGUUACAUCUAGAAUUUGGUGGUUAGCUUAA